UUGACUGGGGAUUUUCUUCGGUCUCUGCGACUCUCUGAGGACGCGGACUUUGAGCUAACAGACACUAAGCAGCGGAUCUUUGUCUUUAACUCUCCGUUCCGGACGCUCCGACUUCAGCCGCCCGCCUCCAGGAGCCGCCCGCCGGCUAACGGCCCCCAGGAGCCCCGCUGCCGGGACAGGCUGCCAUGGCUCGGCCGAGGAAGAAAACUGCUGCUGGGUGUUUAGCUUGAAGCUCCGCGGGGAGAAACAGUGACAAGAACUACAACUAGAACUACAAAUACAACUAAAAGAAGAACUACAACUACAACUAGAACACAAGCUGCCCUUACACUGAAAACACAGAAGAGGAGGAAGAGGAGGAAGAGGAGUGACAUUUAAUUAGAAGAAGAAGAAGAUGGGAGGCAAAGAGGAGCUGAUCUGGUGUCUGCUGCUGCUGCUGAGUGGAAAGUCUGACUGCAGAGACUCCCGGCAGACCGAGCACCUGUCAUCCUAUCAGCUGACCGUCCCUCGACCAAUAGGAGGCCGGCUGAGGAGGGACGCCGACGGAAGGCCGCCCAAUCAGGUUUCUUAUGUGAUCAGAGUGAAUGGAAACGAUCAUGUCGUUCAUCUGGAGAGAAACGAGCUGCUGGUUCCUCCAGACUUCACCGUGUUCACCUACAGUCCAGACGGAUCUCUGCUCACAUCCAGACCACCUGUCCAGAUCCACUGCCAGUACCGAGGCUUCGUUCAGGAUGUCGACGGUUCAGCUGCUGCUCUGAGCGUCUGCAACGGACUCAGAGGAGUGAUACAUCUCACUGAUGUCAGCUACGGUAUCGAGCCGUUAGACUCCGCCCCCGACCAGCACCUGGUGUACCGCCUACAGGAUGUGACAUCACAGCCCCAAGGGUGUGGAAUGCCGCACAACGAGCACGACCACAGCAACGCUACGGAGCAUGCUCAGUACGGACCGGAGGAAAUACACUACAGACAACACAGCAGGAUGAAACGAGCCGUUCUCCAUCAGACUCACUACGUGGAGCUGCUGCUGGUGGUCGACAACGACAGGUUCAACUACAUGAACAGGAAUGAGACGGCAGUGAGGGACGAGAUGGUUCACCUGGCUAACUUCGUAGACAGUAUCUACAUGCAGCUGAACAUUCGGGUGGUCCUGGUCGGUCUGGAGAUCUGGACUCAGCAGAACCUGAUCAGCACCGACGGAGCAGCUGGAGAAGUGCUGAGUCGCUUCACACAGUGGAGGGAGAAGGACCUGGUGCCCCGCCGCCGCCAUGACUCAGCACAACUCAUCCUGAAGAAGGCUUUUGGAGGAACAGCUGGGAUGGCGUUUGUCUCCACCGUGUGUUCCAGGAGUCAUGGAGGAGGAAUCAACGCGUUCACCAGCAACAACGUUCCUUCCUUCGCCUCCAUCGUCGCUCAUGAACUGGGACACAACCUGGGAAUGAACCACGAUGACGGACGCAGCUGCACAUGCCCAGUAGGGGCCUGCAUCAUGAACUCUGGAGCCACAGGAUCCAGGAACUUCAGCAGCUGCAGCGCUGACGACUUUGAGAAGAUGAUCCUGUUGACCGGUGGAUCGUGUCUCCUGAACGUCCCGCGGCCAGACGAGGCCUACAGCGCCCCCUACUGUGGAAACAGGCUGGUGGACGUCGGGGAGGAGUGUGACUGUGGAUCAGAGAAGGAGUGUGAGGAGGAUCCCUGCUGUGAGUUCCAGACCUGUAAACUGAAGCCUGGAGCUCAGUGUGCUUAUGGAGAGUGCUGCUAUAAGUGUCAGUUCCUGCCAGGAGGAACGGUGUGUCGCUCCAGCACUGAUGAAUGUGAUCUACCUGAAUACUGCAACGGCUCCUCGUCCCUCUGCCAGAGUGACGUCUUCAUCCAGAAUGGACAGCCGUGUAAGAACCAGCAGGCCUACUGCUACAACGGGAAGUGUCAGCACUACGAUGGACAGUGUCAGGCCAUAUUUGGAUCCAAGGCGAAAGCUGCUCCUGAAAUCUGUUUCAAAAACGUCAACAGUAAAGGAGAUCGCUUCGGCAACUGUGGCUACCACAACUACGGCUACAAGAAGUGUGAGAGCAGAAACGCUUUGUGCGGGAAGCUGCAGUGCUCCAACGUUCAGACGGUGACGGUUUUCGGCAUCGAGCCGUCAAUCAUCAGCACGCCGAUCCUCGGAGGCAAAUGUUACGGAGUCGACUUCAUGCUGGGAUCAGACGUCCCCGACCCAGGGAUGGUUACCGAGGGAACCAAGUGUGGGGAGGACAAGGUUUGUAUGAACUUUGAGUGUCGCAGCGUCGACGUUCUGAACUACGACUGUGAUGUGGAGAAGAAAUGUCACGGACACGGGGUGUGUAACAGCAACAGGAACUGUCACUGUGGUGACGGCUGGGCUCCGCCCUUCUGUGAGGUCAAAGGUUACGGCGGCAGCGUGGACAGCGGACCCACCUGGAACGAUAAAGACACGUCUCUGAGGGACGGGCUGCUCGUCUUCUUCUUCCUCGUCCUGCCGCUGAUCGCUCUGGGAGCCUUCGUCUUCCUGAGACGGAACGAACUGAUGAGAGCCGUGGGACUCAACCGGAGGAAGCGAUCACAGGGAUACCAGGCUGACGGAUCGGCUGCAGCCAAUCCCGUCAGAGGACCGCCUCCCAGAGCGCAGCAUCCAUCCGUUGCCCGGGGCAACGCCAGCAGCAUCGUCAGCGACGGGCAUCAAACUCAGCUGCUGCCACCAAAGGAGGUGGUUGAGACCAGCAGGUCGGCUCCUUCCUACUCCCCGAGGCCUCCUCCUCCUCCUCUAAAACCGAAACCUUCUGCUGCAUCACAGCCUCUGGUGCCUCAAAGACCCGCCCCCGCUCCACCUGUUUAACCGCACCUGGAAGACCCCCUCCUCUCCUUCUCCACCUCAGUCCCCCCCCUCCCCACUUACAGCUGGUCACCUAGCAACAGCCAGGAGAGGAUCUGUUAGCCAAAAUGGCUGCCAGCGGGCCCCGAGGUCUGCCGGGGCCGGACUACCACCUGGACCGCUACACUAGUAAACCGGCCCAGUCGGACUGAACUGGGAAUCUACCAGAACCAACUGGAACGUAGUGGGACUGAACUGAAGCAGCUACUGUUCUCUAGUCUGUCUUUCUUUUUUUCUUUCUGGAGUCCAUCCGGUGACUCACCUUCACCUCGGUAACCAAACCAGCCAAUCAGAUUUCAUGUUGCUGCUCCCAUCAGCCAACCAAAUACCAGCAAGUAUCUUUAUUCAUCAUCACACGCUGUCCUUCCAAGUGCUUUAAAAUCAAAACGUCACAACAUAAAUCUGCGGUACAGACAAAUGAACACAAAUCUGACUCGAUAUUUUUAGCUGACUGAGUAAAAAAAUAAAGAAGACAAAAACUGAAAAAAGAAAAAGAUGCAAUUUGAAACCAAAAAUAAUUCAGACCAGUUGAUUAAAAUGCUCCCAGAUUUUAUAGAAUAGUUAAAAACGAUCGACUAAAACAGUGGAAAGAGACAUUCCUCAUCAACUUUUGUUAUUCCAGCUGUAAAAAUCUGUUAUUCCAUUUUGUUUAGUCUGCUAGCUAACAAACAUUUGUUAGCUUAUCUGUAGUUAGCUGGCUAGCUGUAGCCAUGCUCUUGCUAGCGUUAAAACCGUCCACUGUGUGGAUAGCUGAUCAGUUAAUUAACUAAUGCUUGAUAGCUCACUAGCUAGCAAGCUCAGAAAAUCUUGAGCUAAUGCUAAUUUAGCAUCUCAUCAUUUUUUACUCUGAAAAGAAGUUCUUAUAAUUCACUUACCAAUAUUUGCUGCAAUGUUAGUUAAUUACAACCGGCUAAUUAAGUGGUUUUUGAAAGCAAGCAAUAAUACCAGGCUAACAAGAUUAUACACAUCUGCAUCCCAAAUACUGUACUACUGCUAGCAUUGCAACAUAUUCUCCUGUAUGUUUAGCUAGUCAAUUUGUUAGCUUAUUUCACAUCAUAAGCUAAUGCUAGGUAGCCUUGCCACCUGUUAAAAUGUGCUUUUGUCAGUGUUACUGGCUUCUUUUAAUUUUGCUCGCUUUAAUUUUCCAAAUAGGAGGAGAUGUUGCUAAUAUACAAAGCUAGUAAACUGACCAGCUAACUAGCAUUUGCUAGCUAAUGUGUCCUUUAAAGAGGUUAUGAGCAAAUGCUUGUUAGCAAACAUGUCCCUACAUGCUACACUACCACUGUAAAAUAGUCACUAUAUAUAGUCACUUUAUAUUUACAUUAUGCUAAUGUUAGCCACAUUAGCCACAUAAUGUGCUAACUCUAAGGAUCUUGCUAUACUGUGGAUUAUGCUAAUGUCAGCCGCAUUAGCCAUAUAAUGCACUAACACUAAGGAUUCUCCUAUAGUUGUGGCUUAUGCUAAUGUUAGCCACAGUAACCGACAGCAUGCUAACACUAAGGAUUCACCUAUAGUUGUUGCUUAUGCUAAUGUUAGCCACAUUAGCCUACAGCAUGCUAACACUAAGGAUCCUCCUAUAUCUGUGGGGACCAUCAGUACUCUGGGUUCUAUCAGCACAUGGAGACUCGUGUUCACUCUAACAGCAGAACUGGUGAGUUUGUUGACAUUUUAAAGUUCAGCAGAAGUAGCUGUAGGAAGUAAAUAAACCUGGUGGACUGAGAGGCUCAUUCUGAUUGGUUCACAUUGAAGCAGUGAGGGGGCGGGGCUAUAAAAAGCUGGAUCCUUAUUGGUUAGUUAAAAAGACAUUUCCACGACAUGGGACCAAAGCUAGUAAGCUGACCAGCUAACUAGCAUUUGCUAGCUAAUGGCGCGUGUACGCGUGUUAUGAGCAAAUGCUUGUUAGCAAACAUGUCCCUACAUGCUACACUACCACUGUAAAAUAGUCACUUUAUAUUUAGCUUAUCAGUUUGUCAAAUCAUGUUUAAUAGCAUCAUUGCUAGUAAACAUAAGCUAAUGCUAGUUAGCCUUGUCAGUAGUUGCAUUGUGUGACUUUGUAGUUACUACCAAACAUUAUCACUUUUAUUUUCCAGCUAACAACACUAGCAGGCUAAAGGGUCACGAGUAAAUGUUUCUUAAUGAUAGCAGUAAAAUAUUCACUUUAUAUUUAAAUGAACAAUAACUAAUAUUGACAAAUUAUGUGUUCAUGAGCCAAAGCUAGCUAGCUUUGCCACAAACUGUGUAGAUUGUCAGUCACUAAACAUUCAUUAUGUCAACAUUUUGCCUUUCUGUUGUAAUAAAUGGUUUUAAUUCAUCCAGUAAACUAUUAGCUUUAAUGCUAACUCAAUACAGUUCUUGUGUCGUUAGCUAGCUAGCUAGCUUGCUGACUUUUACUAGCAAAGAGCAAACAUGAAGAGGUAAUGAGCUGCUUCAAUAAUCUACAAAUUUCAAACACUUUAAGCUGCAAGCCUCCAACAAAGGAGCUUUCUUUGGACAUUGAAUUUUGUGUUUAAACCAUUCAGUUUACAGACAUGAGAGAGAUUUAUCAGAUAUAUGUUGAUUUUUUUUAUUUUUUUUGCAGUAGGUCAUAGAUUUCAGACAGAAACAGUCCAUUAGUCUCAAACAGAAUCCACAUACUGUCCUCAGAAAAAGAACAUUUCCUUUCGAUGUUCCAGACGUUCAUCAGUUUGGGACAAAGAGAAGCCAUCUUAAACAGGAAGUGACUGUAACUCUGCAACCAAUGAGCAGAUCCCUCGGCUAAAGGAACGCUUAGCAGCAUAGCCACGUCAUUAUGUUUGUGACGUUGUGAACUUGAGAACUCUGCAAUAAAAGUUUACUAACAGGGCUAAUUACGCAACAAUUAGGUUAAAUUAUGCUUUUAAGACGUAACUGUUACAACAGGUCGGCUUCACUCUGAUUGGCUGGUUUGUAGACAGGGGCAGGGCUUACACUUGGACACUUGUUUCUGUCUUUCUGUCUCUGAAUGAAGCACUGGUGCCGUCUGAUUGCACUUCCCUUCUGCUCUGCACUGUCAUAGGAAUGUAACGUACCCUCUGCUGCUGGGUGCGUUUGGUUUCACCGCCCGGUUCGCCCGGCGCCACUCUGAGCUGCUGGGUGCAUUUGGUUUCUCUGCCCGGUUCGCCCGGCAGGUUCAGCUCCUCGUGUGGAUGUUUGUGGUACGUCGCUGUUGGAGGCUCUUCAGCUCAUUAGCUCUCAAAUCUGGGAUGUUUGGUCCAUCUUCAGUCAGGAAAUGUGUGGGAGGAAUUGUGGGAAAUGUAGGCCAAGACUAGCAUAGGACUACAGCCACACGUGCACCUCAUUCAGCCCGAAUACGCACUGAUAGCUUACAAACACAGAAUCUGCUCUGAUGCAGGAGAUGAGAAAAAAACACAUUUGAGAACCUUCCUGAGAAUAUUCAGUUCUUAAAAAUCCCAUAUGGCGGCGCUCUUCAGCAAAUUUAUGAAAGUUUCUGUUUCAGCUCCAAACACCUGAGAGACUGUAUGACCCCACAUUAGCCUACAGCAUGCUAACACUAAGGAUCCUCUAUAGCUGUGACUCAUGCUAAUGUUAGCCAAACUAGCCACAUAAUGUGGUAACUCUAAGGAUCCUGCUAUAGUGUGGAUUAUGCUAAUGUUAGCCACAGUAACCGACAGCAUGCUAACACUAAGGAUCCCCCUAUAGCUGUGGGGACCAUCAGUACUCUGGGUGCUAUCAGCACAUGGAGACUCGUGUUCACUCUAACAGCAGAACUGGUGAGUUUGUUGACAUUUUAAAGUUCAGCAGAAGUAGCUGUAGGAAGUAAAUAAACCUGGUGGACUGAGAGGCUCAUUCUGAUUGGUUCACAUUGAAGCAGUGAGGGGGCGGGGCUAUAAAAAGCUGGAUCCUUAUUGGUUAGUUAAAAAGACAUUUCCACGACAUGGGACCUUUAAGUUUUCUUCAGUAUCGCUACAGAAUCCAGUCUGAAGGGGCUAGAAGCUAGAAUUAGGAAACAACACGGAUCCUUUCUCAUCUUUUGGCCUCAUGUCGUCACUCAGCCGAUGGAUUUCUCAUGUUAGAACUAAAAACUUUUGUGAAAGUGUUUUCCAGAGUGUAGAAAGACUCGACUACAUCAGUAUUUUAAAGACUAAAUGUGGUCAACUUUUCUAGAAAAAUCAGUUCAUUCCAGUGUCAGAAGGUGUCCUGACUGACUGAUGCUAAUGGAUCGGCUGCUACCUUAGCUUAGCUUAGCUUAGCAUCAGGUCUGGAAACAUCUCUGCUGGUCAACUGUGUUCCGGAUGGAGGUUAAAUUUGUGUUUAAUCUGCUGAACAUCCCAGACGGAAGGUGUGAAAAUAAGCGGUUAAAUCGUCACUGGAUCAGCUGCAGUAACGUCCUGAAGCCUCUCUAGCGCCACCUGGCUGUGAGGAGGUGAAAUGAUUCAGGACUUUCAGUUUCUGUGAAGCUUCACGCUGCACUUAGCAACAGGUUUUAUUCAAACCAGGGAUUUUUACGGCACCAAAUGUUUCUGUUUCUGCUCCAAUGAAAACAUCAAGUUUAGAAUGUUUAAAUUUCCUGUUUGGGGAUCAGAGCAGGUCGCUGUCAUUUAGUGCCAUUUGAUCGUUUUCAUGCCAAAAGAAAAAGUAAUUUAACAUUCAGAGUUCAGCCUGAGAAAAGAGACGAGGGUUCAGGAGUUAUUUAAAGAGCUGAAGGCAUCUGAAGCGUCAGGUUUCAGUCAGCUGCUCCCUGUUCAGAACAAACCUUAAAGAUUCUGAGUCCAGAGGAAACCUCCGAUCUCAUGUUGGGACUCAAACCAGCGGCGAAACUCUGAAAUCAAUCAAGUAUAUUUAUUUCUAUUGCACUUUUUGAAAGUUAACCAAAGUCCUGCGUGUAAAACAGGAAACAACAAUGAUAUGGGCGAAAAGCAAAACAGGAAGCAGAAUAAAAAGUUGUACAAUCAAUAUAAAUUAAUAUAAAACAAGAUAAACAGGACACAACUUAGAAGAUUAAUUUAGGAUAUUUUCUAUAAAAUAAAUGUAACAUAUUAAAAGACACUUUACUGUAAGAGAAUUAACUCAUGUUUGAUAGCUCACCAACUAGCUAGCUCUGAAAGUCUUGAGCUAAUGCUAAUUUAGCAUCUCAUCAUUUUUUAUUCUGAAAAGAAGUUCUUAUAAUUCAGUGUUAGUUACAGCUAGCUAAUUACAGGGCUACAUUAGCAGGCUAACAAGAUUAUACACAACUGCAUCCCAAAUACUGUACUGCUGCUAGCAUUGUGACAUAUUCCCUAUGUGUUUAGCUAGUCAAUUUGUUAGCUUGUUUAACAUCAUAAGCUAAUGCUAGUUAGCCUUGCCACAAGUUAGAAUGUACUUUUAUCAGUCGUAUUGGCUUAUUUUAUGUUUGCUCGCUUUAGUUUUCCAAAUAGGAGAUGUUGCUAAUACACAAGUGUUUGUUAGCUGAUGAGCUAAUUAGCAUCUUCUAGCUAAAAGUACAUGUAUGUUAACAAGGUUAUGAGAAAAUACUAAACAAAUCUGUCCCUACAUGCUACAGUACCACUGUAAAACAUUCACUUUAUAUUUAGCUUAUCAGUUUGUCAAGUCAUGUUUAAUAACUAUCAUUGCUAGUAAACAUAAGCUAAUGCUAGUUAGCCUUGUCACUAUUGGAUUGGUUACAUUGGAUGAUUUUGUAGUUUCUACCCAGCAUUUCUCACUUUUAUUUUCCAGCUAACAAAAUUAGCAGGCUAACAAUACAAUACACAACUGCAUCCCAAAUACUAUGCUACUGCUAGCAUUUGGACAUAUUCCCUAUGUGUUUAGCUAGUCAGUUUGUUAGCUUGUUUAACAUCAUAAGCUAAUGCUAGGUAGCCUUUCUACCAGUUAAAAUGUACUUUUAUCACUCUUAUAGUUUUCUUUUAUGUUUACUCACUUUAGGUUUCAAAAUAGGAGGCGAUGUUGCUAAUACACAAAGCCAGUAAGCUGACCAGCUACUAGCAUUUGCUAGCUAGUGGUAGCAAAUGUUAGUACUUGCAAGCAAAUCUGUCCCUACAUGCCACAGUACCACUAUAAAAUAUUCACUUUAUAUUUACCUCAUCAGUUUGUCAAGUCUAGUAAACAUAAGCUAAUGCUAGUUAGCCCUGUCAGUAGUUGCAUUGGAUGAUUUUGUAGUUUCUACUCAACAUUUAUCACUUUUAUUUGCCAGCUAACAGCACUAGCAGGCUAAAGGGUCACGAGUAAAUGUUAUAUUUAGAAACAUAAAGUAUAAACUAUGAGAUGUAGAAAUUCAACCUAUAUUAAAGAUAAACUUAGGUUAGACGCCUCAUUUCAAAUGCAGCUAAAGAAGAAAACAGCUAAUGGAGACAUAAACAAGGAGUCUGAAUGAGAAGAAAAAUAUAAAAGACUAAAUGAGUCCAGUAAUAAAAACAUUCAAUAGAGCAUUUAAAUGUGAAAAAGCAACAGCAGGAAGUAAAAUGAGAUGAAACCAGAGAUCUGACUUUACCUCUGGAUAUGAAUGUUGUUGUUUUGCAGGUCUUCAGGUGUUAUACAGUUUUAAAAUGCGUAUGAAUUCACAUAUUUCUGCUUCUACCGUCUAUUUACCUCCUGUCAGGUUUAGUUUAGAAAUAAAACUAGAAGUUUGUGAGGAUGUUUUAAUAUUUAUUUCUUCAGCAGAAACCACUGCAGAGCUGAACGUCUGAAGAAUCAUCGCUGGUUUGAGUCCAAGCAUGAGAUUUAUUUAAAAUCUAUGAAAAAAAAGGUUUAUUUCCUUUAAUGAGGGUUGGUGAUGGCAGGAUUUGAACCCUGAGUCGAGUCUUUCAGGUGCAGAGAACCUGAGCAGGACUGUGGUGGGAAAUAGCUGAGUUUCACAUUAAUCAUGACAAAGAUCUUAAAUAAAUAAAAGAUGACGUAAUAUUUUAAAUUCAAACAUCCAGCAGAAUAUAAUGAAAAUCAGCUCCAGCUUCUGUUAUGAAUGCAUCAAUAAUUAAAGCCCAUAAUUAUGAAAUAUUUGAAUCUAAAACGGUGGAAUCUGCACAUGGAGGACUUUCACUUCUUGCCAACACUUGUGUACUUUUACUCCAUUAACAGGGUAUUUCGGAGUAAAACUUCUGAUCUGGUGUCAGUGGUUUGGAUGCAGCCUGAGAGGUCAAACUCAGGGCUAAACACAAACCUGCAUGUUAAACCUGUGUUAAUGUAUGAGGUGAGUGAGACGUCACCAUGGCAACACGGAGCCUCAUCACCCUUUUCUAUUAUGAUAAAUGAUUUUAUAUCGAGUAUUUUAUUUUGCGAUUGUAAUUCAGCUUCCUGUGGUAAUCCAACAUCUCACGACUUCGUUAAGUGUUGCUGUGUCACGUGGAUUUUUAGGAUUUAAAGCUGAAGACAUGGAGGUUUCCGUCAUCGCAGGUUACUAUGGCAACAGUGGUGAUGCUGCGUUCAGGUGCUGCUCGCUGUAAAAGCCAAACGAUGACGUUCCUCCAGCUUCAGGCGAUAAUCUGAUGAACUUUAUCCACACUGAUUGUGACGGUGUCGGUUUGGAGACUCAAUAAAGACGAACAGAUAUGUUGUUCCUCC